CUACUCCUCCUCGGACCCGCUGAGCUCGGUUAGCAAUGUCUCGGAGCGCAGAACCCGCGCUGAGGUGUUCGAGGAGCCGCUGGACGCGAUGAGAUAAGAUGGAGGAGGGCGACGCGGCGGCGGGUUCGUCUGUGGCCGUGGACGACGGGUGCUCGCGCGGUCCAGAGGUCUUGUGCCUGAUGAGAGUCGGGAGGAACUCGGACUGGCUCCGGCUGCUCGAGGACUUCGAGGUGUCCAUCGGACGGGGUGUGGAUGUCACCUAUCAGCUGCUGUCUCCCAGCUGUCCCCUCAUGAUCUCCAGGCUGCACUGCACCUUCAGACAGAGGGAGGACGGACAGUGGACGGUCACCGACAAGAAGAGUCUAAACGGUGUUUGGGUGAAUGGAAACCGCAUCCACGCCGAAAAAGCCCAUCAGCUCCGGCUGGGAGACUCCAUCCAACUCGGGGUCCCGGUGAGCGGGACCAAGGUGGAGUUCGACUACAUCCUCGUGCAGCGGCCGCUCCAAGACAUUAAACCUUUCCUCGCAAAGGGACAAAGAGACGGCGCCAAAGCAGCACACGUUGCCAAAAAGACCAAGAGGAAGUUGCCUGUGGAAGAAGUCGAGCCGUCUACCUCAAAGCCAAAACUCUACCGCCUCUCCUCUUCCGACAAGUCUUUUGCCAAGCCCUGCCCUUUGUCCCCGGUGGAACACCAGCCGAGGCUCGGUCCCGGCGAACCAGAGAACACCGGGCCUGUCGGACAAGGAGAGGAAGUGGAGCAGCCCUCCAAUGACUGCAGUGACCCCUGUGAGCUGGACAACCUGCAGUUGAUCAACCAGAAUUUGCAGCUGCUUAGGGACCAGGCGGACGACGUCCAGAGACGGUUAGCGUCUCCGGAGGGACGAUCACAGCAGGCCGACCCUCUCGGGGGGGAGCAGGUCCGUGAGCCGCAGGGUCAGCUGGAGACGCCCGGAGACAAAAUACAUCGGAUGGAGACGUUAGAAAAAACCUUCAGCGAAACAAAGAGGCAGCUGGAGGCCGCGAAGACACAACAACAAGACGAGCUUUUGAAAAAACAGCUGGAAGACGCCUUGCAAGAGCAAAAGAAAGUAAUAGAUGAACUCGCCCACUCUCGGCAAGGCUUCGAAGAGAUUAUAUCGGCCAAAAACAAAGAGCUUGAGGUGACAAAGGAAGAGAAAGAAAAAGUCACACAAGUAACAGAAGUUCUGGAGAACGAGCUUCAGUGCAUCAUCUGCUCCGAGCUCUUCAUAGAGGCAGUCAUCCUGAAUUGCGCUCACAGCUUCUGCUGUUACUGCAUCAAGCAGUGGCGCCAGAAGAAAGACGAGUGUCCCAUGUGCCGACAGGCCAUCCAGUCUCAGACCCGCUGCCUGGCGCUGGACAACUGCAUCGACGGCAUGGUGGACAACCUGAGCCUGGACAUGAGGGCGAGACGCCAGGCGCUCAUCACAGAGAGGAAAGCCGCUGACUCUUCCAUGGUGAUGGUGAUACACGACGACGACAGCAGCAUUAGCAGCCUGAGCAGCAGGAGCAGCAGGAGCAGCGAAAGCGAGGAGGAUAGCAGGAGCAGUCACAGCAACGACAGCCUCAGCUUGGAGGACUUGUGUUCUCUGUCCAGUGAUAACUCCGAUGGAAGCUUAGAUGAGUUUGAGGACUAGCCCCGGUUCUCCUCCGGGCUCUGAUGUGAACCGGAUUUCUUUCUGCUCCCGGGACAUUUAAAGUAUUUAGCAAAAGUUGGUCUUGUAAUGAGUCCAGUAACCAGACUAAACAGAGUUUUUUUUAUUAUUAUAAUUUUUGGUGAAAUUAUCAGUUGUCUUUUUGUCUAUAUUUUCAACAAAAGGAAUAAAGUUUCUGCCUAUGCAUUUUCAUAGUCAUAUCCUGUGUUUUGAACCACCAAUCGACUAUGUACAAGCACCGACUCUUUGAGUUUAGGGUUCUGAAAAACUCAUUUCCAACUGAUAGAAGUGUUCAAGUCAAAUGAUCCCUGCCUUCAGAAGGUGUGAUGCUUGAAAGCACAGACUCUAUGUGAAGAUGGACAACAUGACCGCUCCUCAAAAGCAAAGCCAAAGCGCCCCAAUCGAAACGGGGUGAAACGUCAUGAUUGACAGCUGAGACUGACUCACGAUUGGUCAAGAGUGACUAUCGGUGCUAUCUCUCUAAAGCUGAAGACUGGUGUUUUUUUUUUUUUUACCACGCUACCAGUUCAGCUUUACUAACGUCUGUUGAUCACUGAGAAAUCUUAACAACCAUAGAUCAACUUAGAAGAAAAGUAGGAACAACCUGCUGAGGUCCUCGUUAGAGGAAAGUAGAUGUUUCAACUGUCUUUCAGAUGUUGUUUGAUGCUCCCUAUAGUGAUGCACUGCUUUCCAAUUGUUGACAUGUCCACCUGGGAGUUGUCUGUCGCACCCACAGGCUGAAAGGCUCCAGGGCAACAGAGAAGGGGGAGCGUUAAUCAGCCCAUAGGUCUUCUCUCCGCUCUCACUGGUCCUGACUUACAUAGAAAAGCAAUUGAAUGAUGUGACAAAUUCGUGUUCACCAGUAAGCAAAACCUGAAAUUUAAACCUGUGCAUUUUUUUAUUUUUCUAUUUUGAAUGUGCUACAUAAUUUUUGAUCCCAUUUUCAAAAGGAUUUGUUAUUUUUUUUUAAAUACAAUCCUGGAAAGUUAUUAGCAUAGCUGCUCAUAUAUAAAAGCCAGAGAUCCUAACUUACUUUCAGCAAUAUUACACAUUUAAAUCUGUAUUUUUGUCAACAGCCAACUGUUUGUGUAGGUGUCAUAUCCAUAUUCAAAAGUAGAUUGUUUUUCUUGCCAAGAAAUAACUAAUUUAGCCAAAUCUUUCCACCUUUGGAUGAUUACACACAUGCUGCGCUGCAUAGCAACUAAUGCAGCAGCCCCAUGGGUGUGUGAGCAAAUGGCCGCGAUGGCACCGGCUCUAUCAGCGAGGGAGAAGGUAAUUCAUGUCAUCUUGCUCUAGUCAGACAGUGUCGAUGGCAUUAAUAAUCACUAGCAAUCAAUACUCCAAUACCAAACCUGUCAUCCACAUGAAACCUCCCGCACACUGAAAGAGGCACGAGCAAACAGAGGCUCUGUCACUCGUUUGUAGACGUGUUAUUUAGGAGUGAAGGACAGAAACGGUUAAAGAGGAAAAUAACUUUUUCACAGAGGGCACUUGAACCGGAAAAACAGGGGUUAAUAAAAUGAUUAAUGGUUGAA